AAAAUGACGAAUUUCUAGGCAAAAUUUUUGCACGGAGGAUACAUUUCCGGCACAGGUCUUACUAUACAGACUGAUUACACUGUAGGACAUGAAAAUUCCAAAGGUUCUGAUGAAGGUUUUGUUUUUUCCAACCACAAUGACAGGCCCAGAACAAAGAACCUUUGAGUUGGAAAGGGGCACCAUUUCUAGGCUUACCAUGAUAAACCUUAUAAUCAGAAUAUUGUUAAGACAAAUAAAAUUGGCAAUGCUUUUUCUAAUACACCAGUCCAAAUCCAAUUCAUACAUACAAUAACAUCCAAUCAGAAUUAGGACUGGUGUAACAAUAGCCACUGCUAAUAAAAAAAUUUUAAUUUCAUUCUCAUGUCCUAAUUUUUUGGGCCUCAUUCCAGAACCAAAAACAGCCCAAAAAAAAAUGUGUGCAUAGGUAAACAUCCUGGCAGUUAUAAAAGAUGAUCCUGCCAGGUCUAGCGCAGAAUAAACUGUUUGACACAUGCAUGCUUGAUUUUGGAAUGACCUUGGUCGAUAUUUUAAAACAGUUGUCGGUCGGUUUGCUCCAUUAAAGGAAAUUUAUAUUGCGAUUAUUCACAUUUUAACCGUUUACUUUCAUUUUUUUCUCAGGCUCUCUAGUAACAAAUUUUUUAUCAAGUGACACCGAUGGCUGCUCAUACAUGAAUCAGCUCACUGGAUCUGAUUAUAAUGGUUUCAAUCUCAUAACAAUGGACUUCAGUAAUGCCAGGUCAGAGGUUUGUUACUAUAGCAAUAGGUCAGAAAGUGACCCAGUUAAAUUAGAAUCUGGUUUUUAUGGUGUCUCCAACACUGUAUUAUCACAACCGUGGCCCAAGGCAAAGCUUGGUAAAGCACAUCUUGAGCAACUCCUGAAUGACAACCCUAAGAUCACCCCAGAAGAACUAACGGACAAAUUGAUGACAUUUGCUGGAAAGACAGAAGGGUCAGUAGAAAAAUAAUUCUCUUAAGAAAAGCAAUUGUUAAUACUGUAAGAUACAUUUGGUUAACAUGGUCACAGGAGAAAACAAGAUAAUU